AUGACAUGUAACUCUUUUUUGCUUUGUUUUCUAGUGGCGGUUGCAUUAUGCCUCGGAGGUCCAGUAAGCAGAGCAUCGAAUUGCAAAGAUUCAUAUGUGGAUAGAGUAUGUGGAGAGGAUCAAACAAAUCUCUGGCUUGAUAUUGUGUUCGUUGUGGAUAAUUCAGAAGGAAUGACCAAUGCAGGCAUCACAUCUGUGGCUGCUCAAAUUUCUUCUCUGUUCGUUGCUGGUCAACAACUUGGAAUUCAGUCGAACAAUCCGAGAACAACUCGUGUCGGAAUCAUCACUUAUAACCAAGGAGCUACUGUAGCUGCUGAUUUGAACAAGUUCACGUCAGUUGACGAUCUCACUGAAGGGGUUUUCAAUGUGUUGAACAAAGUUUCAAAUGUUCAAGACUCUUACUUACACGCCGGACUGCAAGCUGCUAAUGAUUUACUCGAACAACAAAGUUUCAACACUGAUAGAGGUCAUUAUCAGAAGUUGGUUAUUGUAUAUGCAUCGGAAUACAAACAAUCCGGAACUCAAGAUCCUCUUCCAUUGGCCAUUCGUAUGCAACAAACAAUUUCAAUCUCCACAGUUGCUUACGGUCAAGAUGAUAAUCUUGGGUUCCUUGCAGAACUUUCUAGAAUCGCCACUCCCGGAUACAAUUUCACCAAUCAACAAGGAGAAAACACAGUUUCGGAAUUGAGAUCAACAAUGCUGCAAGUCAAUUGUUAUUGUCCAAAUGGAUGGUUCCAGAUGCGUCAGAGUUAUGCAAAUGAGAACUCAUUCAAGUACGGGGUUUGCCUUCUUCCAGUCACGCUGCAAGCCACGUGGACUGCUUCAAAGUUUUCGUGUAGAAACCAUUGGAAUAAAGCAUAUUUGGUUAAUGAAUACACUCAAACUAAACAUGACUAUGUCCUCCAGAUCGUUAGAAACACCUCAGCAUUCACACAACCAUACACUUAUUUCAACGGGCUCUCUUACGUAAGUGGCAACUGGCAAUGGGAACAACCAGAUGGACAAGAUCCAAUAAUCCUCCAAAACUGGAGUGACUGGAACCCCGGAUAUCCAACGGCUUCUUCAACAGCAACCGUCGGAGUGAAUGUUCAAACGUCCUCUUCGUCGCUUACAACUGGAUGGCAGAAUACAAGAAAAGAUUUAACAAAUAUGUAUAUUUGUGAAGUUUCCACAUGUGAUUCAACUAAUUAUUGCAAAGCUGAAGACAUCUAA